AGAAUGACUUCCUUGGUUGAUAUGCCCCUGAAUUAUGAAAAGAUGUUUGCUCAUCGAUUCACAUCCGAUGAUGAAGAAUACCAAGAAUAUCUGAAACGCCCUGCAGAUCCCCCUCCUAUAGUUGAAGAAUGGAGAAACAGAUCUGGUGGCAACCAGAGAAACAGAGAUCGGUUUCAAGAUAGUCGAUAUUUUAGAGGGGACAGAUACAACUGGCAAGGCGACUAUAGAUCUAAUCAGAGGCCAGAAAGAGGUUGGGGCAAUAACUACCAGCAGCACAGACAAGGACAAUCGUACUCCUCCCACUACGGACAGUAUGGCUACAACUCCUACAACCCAGGGCCUCGUUACCAUCCCUACUGAUGAUACUUGUGGUUUGAAAGUCCAGUAAUGCUAUCUAACAAAUUCAGUUCGACUUCAGUUUUCUUAUUUUUCCACAGUUUUAUAGAUAACUGAAGAAUCGGUAUUACAGUCCAUUGCUGUUUAUCUGUAGUGUGAAUUGAAAAAGGGAAUACCUUUUAUGAAUAAUAAAAGUGUAUUUUACAGAGUUUGUUUAGAGUCUGUAGAUCUUAGAUUAAAUUUCUAUCUCAUUGUUUUGGCUGAAUGCAUACUAGUACACUACUUUACUUCCAUCACUGAGGUUUCUCUCUGAUGUUUUAGAAAAUGCAACAGGUCAGGGGAAAACAGCUGUGAUUUGUGCGCAGCCUGUAGCAGUGGCACAUUGCCUUAAGAUAGUUCUUUUUGGAAGUGACAUACAGUGUCUUUCUCUGGAGAGAAUUUCUUAGUCUGGCUUCUGAUAGUGAGAAAAGCUCAGUUUAGUUUGAAUUUCAGAUGCCUUAAAACUGAGAAAAGAAAGAUGCUCUUACAGAAAU